CGCUCGCGCGUUGCUAGAGGUCUCCGCGCGUUUCCUUUCGCGUCAGAUUCAACAGGAUGGCUAAGCGCACCAAGAAAGUCGGGAUCGUCGGCAAGUACGGCACCCGUUACGGUGCUUCCCUCCGCAAGGUGGUGAAGAAGCAGGAGGUGUCCCAGCACUCCAAGUUUUUCUGCGACUUUUGCGGCAAGUACGCCAUGAAGCGCCAGGCUGUCGGCAUCUGGAAGUGCGCCGGCUGCAAGAAGACCAAGGCGGGCGGGGCGUACACCCUCAACACCUCCGCCGCGGUCACCGUGCGAUCCACCAUCCGCCGUCUCCGCGAGAACACCGAGAAGUAAACGUCUCGUCUCAUCAUCGGUGGUUUCCACCCCCGCGCCAGCUGAGCAGUGCAUCUGUAACGUCCGAGGCGCCGCUUGUGUAAUGAGCGGCACCUUGGGCGUCUUUACGAUCAGCUGGCGCGGGGGUGGCGCGGGGCGGUUCGGGGGUCCGAGCCGGUCCGCGUGGGGGGUCCUAGGAUGGGUCUUAGUUGUGUAACCGAGGAAUUGGUUGCUCU